CGUAUUCUGAUUAUUUUAGCGGGAACCGCGUUUGUGCCGUGACUUGGGGCAUGUGGAAAUCUCGGAUCGGUUGGUUCAAAGGCGUUUAUUUUAAGGACACAGCACAAAAAUGAGUAGCAAGACGAACAUAAAUAUAAAAAACAAAUUCGACCGAGUCGUUGUGCUAGUGGACAUGGACUGCUUUUACUGUCAGGUGGAGGAGAAGCUAAAUCCCGAAAUCAAAGGCAAACCGAUAGCCGUCGUGCAGUACAAUCCGUGGCAGGGUGGAGGGAUCAUAGCGGUGAACUAUCCCGCUCGCGGCAAAGGAGUUACACGGCACAUGCGAGGGGAUGAGGCCAAGCAGCACUGUCCAGAGAUCGAGCUACCGCAGGUGCCAAAUGUUCGCGGGAAAGCCGAUCUCACGCGAUACCGUGAAGCUGGAAAGGAGGUGGCCGAAGUGCUGAAGAGUUUCACACCUCUGCUGGAAAGGGCCAGUAUCGACGAGGCGUACCUGGAUAUCACGGAGCGUGUGCUAAACCGUAUACGCGAUAUGAACGAAGGUCGUUUCCAAUUGCUUCCGGACAAACUAGCGAAUACGUUCGCGGUCGGAUACGACAGUAUUGGAGACUUUGUGAAAAAGCUUUCAAACACGUUCGACAACAAUGGUACAUCGGAGCAGGGUACUCCGGAACAGCUGGAGUACAAGAAGAGCGACAUAAAGCUACUCGUGGGGGCAUCCAUUGUGAACGAAAUACGAGCGGCGGUUAAGGAGAAGACGGGUUAUGAGUGUUCCGCUGGUGUGGCUCAUAACAAAAUUCUUGCGAAACUAACGGCCGGAUUUCACAAGCCAAACAAACAGACGAUCCUGCCGAUCGAUAGCAUAGCGAAGCUUUACGAAACGUUGCCGGUGAAAAAGGUGAAAGGAUUGGGAGGUAAACUUGGCGAUCAAGUUUGUGAGUUGCUGAAGAUUAAGUUCAUGUCGGAGCUAGUCCAGUUCCCCGAGUCGCUAUUGCAGCAACACUUCGAUGAGCGUCUCGGUUCCUGGAUGUACCUGAUGGCACGUGGUAUCGAUCUGGAAGCGGUAACGGCCAAGUUCCAUUCCAAGAGCAUCGGAUGCUGUAAACGAUUUCCGGGCAAGAAUGCCAUUACCGGUCUGGCCACGUUGCAGCACUGGCUAAACGAACUGGCAACAGAGAUCGUGGAGCGGUUAGAGAAAGAUUUGGAUGAAAACAAUCGCACAGCCAAACAGAUGACCGUCAGCUAUAGCCAACAAUUCGGUGAUUCGGAUGUCGCUAGUACCCGGAGUGUGCCGCUAGUGCUAUACGAAACGGAACGCAUUGCUUCUGAUGCACUUGAGGCGAUCAAGCGCAAUACGGAGCGGUUUUUCAAGGCUGGUUCUACGACGGCACUUCAUAAUGCGAUCAAGUUUCUCGGUAUCAGUGCUGGAAAGUUUGAACCGAAUGGCGCCACUAAAGGAGGAGGGAUAAAAGAAAUGUUUCAAAGUUGUUCUUCUAAAGCAACGAAUACAAAUGUGGGGCCACUGGAAGAAGCUAAAAAUGAAAGGCAACCAGCAAACACUGGAGCAUCGCCCAGUGCUACCGUCGUAUCGACUGUUGAGCUUGGUUCUGGAGAACCAACUCCGAUAGAGGCGCAGCCUAAGGCGAAGAAAGACAUCAAGCAUUUCCUGCAAAAUGCCACCAAGGCAUCCAGGUCCGCCUCUGUAGACGAAUCCAGUUUGAAUGAGAAUAAGGAAGAGCCAUAUACGAGCGAAACCGUCGAGAGUCAACCCAAUGUCGAACCAGUGCAAAAGAAGAAAGAUAUGAAAUAUUUUCUACAACCACGAUCUAAAAGUACCUCCGACGAUACACCAAGUACUUCAGCUAAAUACAGUCUCAAUGAUACUGCAAAUGAACCAACGAAUAGCGAUAACUCGGUAUCGCUUGUGGAGCAGACAGAGGAAGCGAAUCAGCGAUCGAUACCACCGAUCGCUUUACUGGAUGCCGAUGAACAGCUAUCCUCCCAAAACCCAUUAACCGUUACCGCAGACCCAUCAACCGAUGCCCACGAGAACCACCUAUCAUACAAGGAAACGUACGCGGAGUAUAGCUUCCUCCCGCCGGCUGAGAAAGCGGCGGCGAUCGUCACCGUGGAGUGCGAACAGUGUGGAAAACAAAUCCCGGAAGAUGAGUUGCUGUCUCAUCAAGAUUUCCAUUUCGCACUACAGCUUAGCCAGCAGCAGCGCGAAGAGUUCCGUAGUGAAUUUAAAUCGAAAGUAGCGAGUAACAGUAGCACCACAAACACAUACUCGAAACCCGCACAAUCUGCCCCAGUUACCCCCGGCGUCAAACGGCAAUCUGUAGCUACUUCUUCUACCACUUCCAUAGCCCGUUUUCUAUCAAAGUUACCAACUGAACCGGCACGAUCUAGUAGUACAUCUGCACGAACAAGUGAUGAUCAAGAGAAACAUGAUGAAGCUAGUACCAGUGGCUAUCAACAUACCAAGUGUCCGGAUUGUGGCAAAAUGAUCAACCAGCUCGCGAUGGGUGAGCAUAUGGAUUAUCACGUAGCCAAACGGUUACAGCUGGAACUGAACCGAUCAGAGGCGUUGCAACUGCAGGCUUCAGCUGCGGAAGGUAAUCAAAGUAGCGGUACCAUGGUAACAAGUGCAAAGCGUAAGCGUUCCGUCGUUAACGGAGAAGAAUCGAUAACACCCGCGAAGCAGAAGGUCAAACCAGUAUCGUCUUAUUUUUCUAAACUGUGAAAAGAACACGCAAACGUUAUUGUUACGUCCGAUAUUUUUGUAUUGUUUGUUACUGCAAAUGGCCAAUAAUAUUGUGUUUCUUCGGCCAAACGGGUAUUUUUACGAGUUAUGAAACAAAACUUUUCUUUAUCUAUAUAAUAAAAAAUAUCCUCCGUGAUCCGUGCCUU